AUGACGAGUUUUUUAAACUCUAUUCGACUGGCAAGUACCGAGUGUGAAGGCGACCAGGGCUUCUCUACGGAGGAACACGAGCUGCUCAGGCAGCUGCGCAGCGAGCAGGCUGCUAGCAAGCACUGCGAGGCUGAUUUGAUGCGCGAUGUCUUCAAGAUUCUGCGAAAGUUCAAGGCCGGCACAGCUCAUAAACGAUUAUCCCACCGUAUCUACGACUUUGCAAGUUGUGUCUGCGCUGGAAUUGGUCAACGUGAUGAAUCGGUGCGGGAGAAGCGCUGGGAAGCGCUGAAGGCGGUCCAAAACCGUAAGAAGAGGAAACUAGCGAUGAUCAAGAAACUGCAGCGAACGAUGACAUCGAUGCUUCGACCACUACAACUAGCGGAAAUGCAGACGACGCACCUCCAGCAAGACUACAACCGCUGGAUAUUCGUCGUGACACUGUUGGGAUUGGUGAAGAUGCAGGACAAUCAAGUGUUCCAGCAAAACGGCCUCGGCCAUCUACUAUCGCACCAGAGCACUUGGCUGAGUUGCCACGGGUUGGAAGGCCUCGCGGACGGCCACCUCGAGGCCACGCUACAGCUGUCUAUCCUACGGAUACGACUGCCGAGAGCCCGGCGUUCUAUCGCGGCGACGUCACUGUGGAGCGCUGCGUCCGGCAUGAGUGGGUCUCUGUCUCUGGCUAUCGUCCUCGUCGAGCGGGUCUGUGCGUCUAUCGACGGCACCGCUGCGGGCGGCGUGGGCGGCGACGUGGGCGUGUCCAGCGGCGAGAGCAAUAGCUUCACGAGCGGCAAUGUGCUGAUGCACACUCCGGAUGGCGGCGUGGGCGCAAACAGCACGGCCGCUUCGUCGGGCCUGAUCAAACUGACAACGGGCUGGGCUCGGCGGGCGACUUGCGGCAACGGCGGAUCCGUCUUGCUCAGCGUGGGCACGGGUAGCAGCGGUGCUGGCGAGGCUAUCUCGCUGCGGUUUGGCGACACACAGGCUGGAACAGGAGCGGCUCUUGCAGCGCAGGUGACGUGUCUGACUGCGGAGGCGAAAGUGAGACAAGUGACCAACCUGAUCAGGAAGAACCUCGUCAUCAGAUGCCGCAAGCCCGUGUCCUCCGUGUUUGAGCUGCUGCUGCCGCCCGUGCUGACGCCCUCGCUCGUGUUCAUCGCCAACCUGGACUCGAUCUUCGGUACCGGGGGCAACUACAGCAGCUCGUCCGAUGCGGCCACGGGCACCAUUAUGUACACGGGACUGGACUCGCCGGCGUACACGGACUACGGAGCGCUGAGUACCAACAUGCCGACGUUCUACAGCAGCGGCCAGAGCGUGAGGCGCUUCCUGCUGAUCAGCUACAUCAAGUUUGUGUCCACGACCACGACGACCACGAUGAUCGAGAAGAACCGGAGACCUAACAGCUCGUCCACGUAG